CUCACAAAUAAAAAAUCAAGUUAAAGCGGAAAGUGUCGUCCCUAAUACAGAGGGGGUAAUCACGUGAUGAUCUAAAGGAAAUCAAGAUGGCGGCGUCCGUUCCGAAACAGACGAAUAUGGCAUCGACCUCAAGCCCUUCAAGCACGGCGCGUCUCUGCACUGAGUGUGGCCGACUGUUCAAAUCAAGGAUAGGCUACAGCCGUCAUAUCAGACAGCACAAUGGACAAGCCCCAUACCGGUGUUGUGGGAAAAUGUUCUUUGACAAGGACAAGCUGAAAAUGCACAGAAAUCAUAUUCACGGAGAGGCGGCCCGCGAGGCAUGUUCACAGUGCGGGAAACUGUUUCGCCAACAGGUGAAAAAGCACGUGACUGUUACACAACGAUAGUACAGGAAACUUUACCUGCGACACGUGUGGUUCACAGUACACGUCAAAACAGGGCCUACAAGACCACAAAGCUAGUCAGCACGAGGAUCGUGCGGCGAAUGCCUGCCAAUGCGGUAAAUAAUACCGACACGCAACAAAUCUGUACAGGCAUACAAAAUCAAAAAAGCACUUAACAUAUGUAUCGAAACAGUUAUAACUAUGUAUAUGCUUUUUAUGUUAUUUUAUGUGUAUUUCCUCUUAAUUAAUUGAUCUCACAUAUUUGGUCUAAUGUUGUUGAAAAUUGUUAUAUAUACUUGAUCUCUUAUACAUUGAUUUAUGUGAUUUAAAGCUGUGAUUUUAUGUUAAUCUCUUUUAUAUAUUGAUUUAUGUGAUUUGAACCUGUGAUUUACUGUUAUAUUGUGCAAUUGACAACCAAUAAUACUCAAAUAUU